AUGUGUCAAUCAACAUCCAUUGACUCAAGCACAUGUUCAAACUGUCCGGAAGAUGGGGAAUUUACAUUUUCUGAUCAUGGUCAUAUAGAUGGUGAUGUGGAUCGUAGAUUUGCGGAAAUGCUAUUAUUCGACCCUCGAUAUAACAAUGCUAUAGUUAUAGCUCACAAUGGAGGAGGGUACGUUACUUUUUUUCUAAAUAACAGAUAAUGGUUCACACACUCAUAUUAUUUAGAUAUGAUCAUAACUUUAUAAUAAGAACAAUGAUGCAUGAUUGCGCUAUCUUCCCAAAAGUUAUUAUGCGUGGCACCCGUAUAAUCAGUGCUCUUGUUGAAGGAUGCAAAGGAUUAAAACAAGCUCGUAAGAAUAAUAAUCUGGUGUUUGUGGCCAGUAUGCCUGCAGCUUUCGGACUCAAUGGCAUGGAAAAAGGAACUUUUCCACACCAUUUCAAUCAGAUUCAACACUAUGAUUUCGAAUAUUAUCGAUCAGAAGAAUCUAAAAAACCCAAAGAAAUUAUAGAUUGGUAUGAUUCUGUCAAAAACCAAGCCUUCAAUUUUAAAAGUGCUAUUAGGCAUUAUUGUAAAAUGGAUGUUAAAAUUUUGGUUGAAGCAUGUAAAAAAUUCAUGUCAAUUUGUAUCGAGAAUGCCUGGGGCUGGAAUCCGUUCAUCGUAUCCUCAACCAUAGCAUCACAUGCGUUGCAUAUGAUGCGUUACGAACAUAUUCGCAAUCAAAUAUUCGGUUAUAUACCAGAGUAGCGUUGGGUCACGCUACUUGAUGUGGAAAAAUUCGAAAACUGGAUGUCGAGUUGAUCAUGCACGAAAUGGUGGUGAAAAGGAUAUAGAAAUUGAUAGAAGAAAAUUUUACAUCGAUGGAUAUGAGGCGGAAACUAGGACAAUCAUGGAAGUAUACGGAUGUUACUUCCAUGGAUGUCUUCGACCAACAGAUGUCAAUAAGACAUCACUGAAAACAUUUGGCGAAUUACACAAUGACACAAUGGAGAGAGAGAACAAAUUGCGUGAGGCGGGUUAUAAUAUUGAAACGAUCUGGACAUGCGAAAUCGCAGCCAUGUUAGCUGAUGAUCGAACAAUGAAAGCCUUUUUCGAACAAGUAAGUUUUUUACACUAAAUAGACAAAAUCGAGACUAUACAGUCUUAUUAUUAUAGGCGAAAGACAAUAAUGGCCCUUUGGAUCCACGUGUUGCAAUGAUGGGUGGACGCACACAAGCAUUCAUGCGAUAUUUAGUAGAAUCAAUUGGCAAAUAUAUUGUAUUUUUUGAUUACUGUAGCAUGUAUCCGACAAUCAACAUGCGCACCGAAUACCCCAAUGGUCAACCUCAAUUGAUCUAUCGUGAUUUCGAACCAAUUGUAGGUAACAAGCUACCAUUUAGAAAUAAACGGGUAUAAUACCCGGCGCAAUAGAGCAUUCGAGCCUAUUGCUCGAUAUUUGGAGAACCACAACCUACGAGGAUACCUUCAUUUAUCUGGAACUUAGGUGA